AUGUCAACCAUAGCACCCGAAGCCCUAGCUGGCUUCUCCGACGCCUCUAGCUACGAUAAACAUCGUCCGAGUUACCCUCUCGAGGCACUCACUAUACUUCUACGUAAUCUAGGAGUGGAAAAUGUAGAGGGAGCGAGAAUUAUUGAUGUAGGUGCUGGAACGGGGAAGUUUACUAGUUUGCUUGCGCAGAGGGAGGAGGGGUUUGAGAUUUUGUGUGUGGAGCCUCAUGAGGAGAUGAGAGAGGUUUUGAGGGGGAAAUUUGGGGAGGGGGAGGGGAAGGGGAAGGUGAGGAUUGUGGAGGGUCAUGCGGCGGGCAUGGAGGUGCAGGAGGGUUGGGCUGAUGCGGUUAUUGCUUCGCAGAGUGUUAAGACCUGGAGGAGUACUUGGGCUGAUUUGGAACAUCGAAGAUUGUAUGAUAACACACCACGAGAUGGUCGAGCAACAGCAACAAAAUGGGAACAAGUCCUAAAGGAUAUUGUGGAAAGUACUGAAGAUGGACUUCCUCGCUUUCGUAAUGGGAAAUGGAAACAAGUGUUUGAGGACCAAUUGGAUUCUACUCCAUUGCAAACCUUGAAAGAUACAUUCAUGCAGGAUUUCCCGCAGUUCUCAUUGCCGUUGGGAGAAGAUCAUGUUGAGUGGACGGCAUGGUUGAGUGAUGAGGCUAUUUGGAAUAGAUUUGGGACUUUGAGCGCGAUUACGGUAUUAGAGCCGGAGAAGAAAGAACAGAUAAAGCAGAAGGUUCUCAACUCGUUGAAGGAAUUGGAUGCAGAGCGUAAUGAGAAAGGCGAGGUUGCGUUGCAUGGGAAAACUUAUUUCUUCUGGACCUCAAGGGUAUGA